AUGCGUUACGCCAUCCUCGCCGCGCCCCUUGUGGCCAUUGUUUAUGCGCAGGCCGAGUCUUCCAGCUCCAUCUCGAUUCCCCCAUACUCCAACCCGGCGACUCAAUACCUCACCCAGACCAACUCUCUGGGCGUGGUCACUGGACAGCCUACUCUCCCCGGCGGCGGAAUUGUCGCCACCUCUAUGCCCGCCGUUGACACCCAAGUCGGAACCGUUGCAACCAUCCCAGCUGGCCUCCCAACUGGUGUGACGAGCAUCCCCAUCGCCGUUGGCAACGGAACUACUCCUGCCUCUUACUUCACUAUCAGCGUUGGUUCAUCGACAACGGUCGUUCUUGGCGCCGUCCCCACUGGUGUGAGCGUCUCCGGCGUCAGUGGCACUGCCUCGGGUCCUCGCGGUUCCAACACCGGAUCCUCCUCUAACAACAACAACAACAACAACAAUGACAACGACAACGACAACAACAACAGCGGCGGCUCCUCUUCCUCUAACAACGACGACCCUUCGUCGACCGAGAGCUCGAGCUCGGAUUCUUCCGAGGGCGCCGCGGUCGCCAACAGCAUGGUCGGCGCGUCCGGUGCCGUGCUCGGUCUGGGUGCUCUCAUCGCCGCAAUGUUGUAG